CCAGACGCCUGCUCAGAUCCUGCAGAAUGGCUGCUUCACACACGCUGUGGAUGGGGUUGGUCCUGCUGGGGGUCCUGGGGGUCCUGCAGACCCGAGCCCAGGCCCAGCCCUCCCUGCAGCCCAACUUCCAACAGGACAAGUUCCUGGGCCGCUGGUUCACCUCGGGCCUGGCCUCCAACUCGAGCUGGUUCCGGGAGAAGAAGAAGGUGCUGUCCAUGUGCACGUCGGUGGUGGCCCCGACCGCAGACGGCGGCUUCAACCUCACCUCCACCUUCCUCAGGAAAGACCAGUGUGAGACCCGGACCCUGCUGCUGCAGCCGGCCGGACCCCCAGGCUGCUAUAGCUACACGAGUCCCCACUGGGGCAUGGUCCAUGAGGUGUCAGUGGUAGAGACGGACUAUGAGGAGUACGCUCUGCUCUACACCCACGCCGAGAGCACCAAAGGCCUGGGCGGCCAGGACUUCCGCAUGGCCACCCUCUACAGCCGUGUGCAGAGCCCGAGGCCUGAGGUGAAGGAGAAAUUCAGCACCUUCGCCAAAGCCCAGGGCUUCACAGAGGAUGCCAUUGUCUUCUUGCCACAGACCGAUAAGUGCAUGGAGGAGCACAAUUAGGUCACCUCAACCCUCAGGACCUGGCUGUCUUGCCCUGCUCUGCUCUUU